UAUGUUUUGCUCUUCUUCUUGCGACAUGCGCCUUUGUUAUCAGAACUCGGAAAGACAGUGAUUUAUCUACUGAUUUAGCACUUCAAUAGCAAUGGGACGACUUAUUUUAGAGCACACGCUGCAGGGGCACAAAGGACGCAUCUGGGGGGUGGCCUGGCACCCCAAGGGCAACGUGUUCGCCUCCUGCGGGGAGGACAAGGCGAUCCGUAUUUGGUCACUUACCGGAAACACUUGGAGCACAAAGACCAUUUUAUCCGAUGGCCACAAGCGCACCAUCCGCGAGAUCCGGUGGUCCCCGUGUGGCCAGUACUUGGCCUCGGCCAGCUUCGAUGCCACCACAGCCAUCUGGUCGAAAUCUUCAGGAGAAUUCGAGUGCAACGCCACUUUGGAGGGUCACGAAAACGAGGUAAAGAGCGUUAGCUGGUCACGAUCCGGUGGAUUGUUGGCCACCUGUUCACGAGACAAGUCCGUGUGGAUCUGGGAGGUGGCCGGAGACGAUGAGUAUGAGUGCGCCGCAGUUCUAAAUCCACACACACAGGACGUUAAGCGGGUGGUGUGGCACCCCACCAAGGAGAUUCUGGCUUCCGCCUCGUACGAUAACACCAUCAAAAUGUUUGAAGAAUCUACUGUGGAUAACGACUGGGACUGCACGGCAACGCUGUCUUCCCACACGAGCACGGUUUGGAGCAUUGACUUUGAUGCGGACGGUGAGCGCUUGGUCUCCUGCAGCGAUGAUACCACGAUAAAGAUCUGGCGGGCAUAUCAUCCGGGCAAUUCUGCCGGAGUGGCCACCCCCGAAAAACAGACCGUCUGGAAGUGCGUAUGCACUCUGUCUGGUCAGCAUUCGCGGGCCGUGUACGACGUAUCCUGGUGCAAGCUGACGGGUCUGAUAGCCAGCGCCUGUGGUGACGAUGGAAUCCGCAUCUUUAAGGAGACGGACGAUUCCAAACCAGACGAACCAACGUUUGAGCAGCUCACAGCUGAGGAAGGUGCCCACGAGCAGGAUGUUAAUUCGGUGGAGUGGAAUCCAGUGGUAGCUGGGCAACUUAUUUCCUGCAGCGACGAUGGUACCAUAAAGAUUUGGAAAGUCAACGAGUAGCAGGCCGAAUUAUGUGUUUUAUGUUUAAGUGGUUAAACUAUAAUGAAACUUUAUUUUUUGUACAUUUUCUGCCUAAUCGAAAAUUAAAGUAUUCAUGAGGAUGAGGAGGAUAA